CUUGCUGACAGUCUGCGUCAUGAGCUGCGUUUCUGCAAACCAGGAAUGGGGAAGAGACUCCAUCCCCAAUUGAUAUCAGGGGAGUGGCCAGAGGGGGAGCUUUUUAAAAAAAGAAAUAAGCACCAGAGAGGCAAAAGCUAGCAUUGCCAUUUAUCUGAAAGCAGAAACCAACCAGGACACCGAGACCAACUAGGAAUUUUAGAAACACAUCCAUACGAGUCCCAGUUCUCAUCUCGAGGGCAUGGAUUUUUUCUUGAUCAGCAUUGUCUUGCUUUUGACAGUGCCUCACAUUUCUGGCCUCCAGUGCUAUUCUUGUGACAGAGAUACAGACUGCACGGAAAUGGAGAUCUGUGAAGAGCAUCAAGAACAAUGCAGCACUACCAUCAUGACCGUAUUAUCCCGACCAAAAAUCUCCACUUACAUCCUGAAGGGCUGUGACGUGAGUGGGAAGCCAAACAAUUCCAUUUCGCAUUUAUCUGGCAACCAAGUUGUAUUUCUGACUGAGGAAUACUGCGACACCGAGCUUUGCAACAAGAGGUCACCAAAUGUAGUGGAUGUUCUCAUAGCUCGAGGUCGUCAGAGAAGGACCAGGGAAUGCUAUUCUUGUACCACAGCGGAUAAGACCUGUUCCAACUCCAGUCUGGAAUUAAUGACGUGUGCCCGGCUUGAGGAAGACUGUGUGGACAUCAUAUCCUUUACUACAGAGUUACCUGCAGGUGAACAGCGUAUCAAGGGCUGUGGUCAGCUCUCCCACUGCCAAGCCUCAGAGCCUCUGGGAUUCCACAACCAGAACAGUUUCCACCUUAUAAAGUGCUGCAAUUCCAGCCGAUGCAAUAGCGACAUGCAAGACUACAAGGAUGCCCCACUGCCCCUGAAUGGAGUGACAUGCUUCAGUUGCGAGGGGAAUUCUACCCACGGUUGCUCCCCGGAUGCUGUUUCCAAGAUACAAUGCCAGGGUCCCAUGACCCAGUGCUUAGAAGCAUCUGGAAUCCAUGGCAUCUCAGGAGAGAACUCAGUCGUCAAAGGUUGUGCAUCCCCGUCUUGGUGUGAGAGUCCUUACACUGCUGUCCACAAGAACUUGGGUGCCAUACACAGCCGCUGCUGCUCUGGUAACCUCUGCAACAACUGGAUCAUUAAUGGGACACUGAAGCCAUCCCCAAGGAGCCAAGCUGGACAUACAUUCCAAGCCCAACAGACUUUGCUCUCAACAGCUCUACUACUCUCUGUUACCUUCCUUCUCUGCUCAGGGAGCUCUUGACCCCUGGUGAUAAGAUCAGGACUGAAUCAGGGUCAUGGACUUAGCUGGACUUAGCUGGACCCAGACUUCUCCCCACAAUUUCUUGUACAAAAAUGCAGCUGUGAAAACCAUGGGGUAUAACAAAGGAGAUCUGUUGAGUAUAUGAAGAGCAUAUUCUUCAUUUCACUUGGGGAUGGCCACACCGAAAGUAGUAGGGGAAAGAGCACAGCUUGCCAGUAACAUACUAUUACUAGUUGCUGCUCCUAGUCAUAAAAUCACAUUUCAAAAGUCACAUGAAAAGUCAGAGUGUAUUGACAGAAUGAAUCAUGAUUUCCUGUUGUGUACAAAAGCCAUGUUUUGUGGAAAGUAUUUUGAUGCAGAUGUUUAAAGUUUAAAAUGUUAUUUUAUUGUUAUUCUUAAGUAUGGCCUUCUUAAGUAUGGCUUGUCAGGGAAAUGGUGAAUCUGUUCCGCUAACUUUUGGUUAGCUGACUAAGUUUUACAUCUCUAUUCACAAUAUUAAUUCAACAUAUCAGAUAGGGAACAUGGGAACAUAAACUACACUCAGCAUCCUUACUUGCUGGAGGUGGGAGAGCAGGAUCUCAAUAAAAGUGGGAAAAGUUUAAAAAUACAUUUUUGACUUGAGAAAUCCCCUUUCUAGGUCUGCUAUCAUAGUUCUUUGCUGGGAGUUGACCAUAGAAUUGCACUGGAGGGCCUAGGGAUUCUCUCUCAAAUGGCUGAUUAAAAUGUUCUCAGUAAUUUAUUGGUCGUCCAGCAUGACCCAAUUAUUAUUUUCCAGCAAGUGUUGACCAUAGAGUCACACUGGAGGACCUAGACAUUCCUAAAGAGAACUUUUUCAUCCAAUUUGCAAAUAAUCAAUUCCACAAAAGUCAAAUCUGUAAAUAUGGAGGGCCAACUGUUUACAGCUGCUUUAAAGAUGAAACUAGAAUAAGGAGCUUCACUCUCCUACUACCAUGAAAGUCACUGGCUGCUUAUCUGUAAAUUACAGAAUUAAGGUGGAGAUGCUGGGCAACUCCCAGUCUAGAUAUCACUUUUGCCAAUUUCUUUUUUAUUUAUUCUUAUCUAUUGCUAUGUUUGUUUUGCAAAAACAUCCCUACCAAGAAAUGUUUUUCUAAAUGGUCUUUUAAUGUCUGAGUACUGUUUAGGUGAAGUGGGUUAAACCACUGAGCUGCUGAACGUUUUGACCUAAAGGUAGGCAGUUUGAAUCCGGCUGUUAGCCCCAGCUUCUGCCAACCUAGCAGUUCGAAAAAAUGCAAAUGUGACAAGAUCAAUAGGUACUGAUCUAGCAAGAAGGUAAUGUUGCUCCAUGCAGUCAUACUGACCAUGUGACCUUGAAGGUGUCUAUGGACAACGCUGGCUCUUGGGCUUAGAAAUGGAGAUGAGCACCAACCCCCAGAGUCAGACAUGACUAGACUUAAUAUAGAGGAAAACCUUUACCUUUACCUACUGCUUAGUCAACAGAUUUUGUCUGAUCUUGGAAACUAAGCAGGAUCAGACCACCAACAAAUACAAGAUAUUCUGGGAUACAUUUCAGAGGAAGGAUCUGGCAAUCCACCCCAGGUAAACAAGAAGAUCCUGCCAAGAAACUCCUUUAACAUCCACUUAAGUUCUGAUGACCCAAGGUUUGACGGGAUGCCGCCCCCCUUUUUUGGAAUAUCAUUUUAUAUAUGAGCCUUAUUUAUGUUAAUAAACUAUUUUUAUAAUAUUGAAAAUAAA